AUGGCCACAGCUUUUGCUGCUGGCGCCGACCUGGCCCCUAGGGGUCGAGGUUCGGAAGAUGCCAGCGAUCCUUUUGUUUCCCCAAACGCGGGCCCCAAUCACCUCCGCUAUUCCACUUUUGACAGCCAGAUGUUCGCUCUGAGCACUGGCUCGGCCGAGCAGGCAAAACGUGCGCUCGAGGCCCACCUGGCCGAGACGGACCGCCGCAUGGAAGAAGCUGGCAAGCUGGGCACCGCCCUAGUGCAGCAGCGAAAGGAGCUCGAGGAGAGGCUCCAAGAGGUGGAGAAGCUCCAGUCCGAAGAGGAGCUCACUCCAGACCUCAAGCAGAAGCUGGUGGAGAUCGAGAAGGACUACAAUGAGGUGGCUCGCGAGAGCGCGCGGGCUUUCCUGCCCAAGCAGCGCGUGCCCAGCAACGAGGCCGCUGGCUCUCCCUUUGCACCGCAAGGCAAAGGCGGUCGGCGAUCCGUCAGUCCCUCCAAGUUCGAAACCCAGGCGACGGGCUCCCCAACCAAGCUCAGCGUUCCCAACCGCAAGAUCCGCAACCAGCCCGCCAACCGGGUGCACGACAUCGAGUUCGCUGCCGAGAUCAGCACCUCGCUGAUUGCCCAGGUCCGCAACCUGCAGUCGCUGCUGACGGAGCGCGAAGAAGAGCUGCGAGACCUCAAGGUCGACAAGUCCAAGCUCGAGAUCGAGGCCGAGGGAUUCGAGCAGCGGCUCAAGACGCUCGACGAGAGCGAGCACCGCUACAAGGACGAGAACUGGAACCUCGAGACGCAGGUCCACGAGCUCCUUGCCGCGCAGAAGGACGCUGCCGACCGCGAAAAGAAGCUGACGUCGACCCUCACUGCCCUCCAGGCGGACAAGAACGCGACCCAGCGCGAUCUGGACGAGAUCAAGAUGAACCACGCCAAGCUCGCCGACGAGCACGCCGCCAUCGUCAAGAGCCACGACAUCGAGCUGGGCACGGCCAAGCGCAGCAUCGCCAUGGCGGAGAGCGAGAGAGCGGCCAUGCAGCGCAAGAUCGACGACCUGACGAGCCAGAACACGGAGCUGGCCCGGGCCUUCUCGCUCCAGCGCGGCCGCGUCCUGGACCGGGACCCGGCCUCGGGCCUGAGCGACGAGGACUUUGAGACGGCCGCCGACAACAUCACGCCCGAGCACUCGCCGCCGCCGUCGCCCGUCAAGGGCACCCCGCGGCACUCGAUGCUCGAGUCGGAGACGCUCAAGACGUCGCUGCACCACGCCCAGCGCACCAUCCAGAGCCUCCGCACCAACGUCCACCGCGAGAAGACGGAGAAGCUCGAGCUCAAGCGCAUGCUCCAGGAGGCUCGCGACGAGCUCGAGAAGAUGCGGAGCGACCCCUCUGCCAGCCGGCGCAGCCGCAAGGUCGACUCGAGGGAGUUCAAGAAGCCCCUCCGGUCCAGCCAGCUCGGCGGCGCCCGCUCCAGCCGCACCGAGCUGUACCUGGACGACCCCGAGUGGGAAGAGAACGGAGACGCGAGCCCGUCGCAGUCGCAGUCGCCGCUCCGCUCGUCGGUCUCGCGCGGCUCUGACCUCGCCGCCGCCGCCGCCGGCGAGACGACGGACCACUUCGAGACGGCCAACGAGACGAGCGACGCCGCCUUUGAGACGGCCCACGAGCGCGGCACCGAGACGGAGGACUUCCACACGGGCGCCGAAGAGUUUUCUGACGACGACGACGACGCCGUCACCGAGACGGAGAGCCUGUCGCGCGGCGCCGGCCGCAUCAAGCGCCCGCCCGUCCUCCCGCUCAACCAGCCGGGCAGCCGCUACUCGUUCCUCAGCACGGCGUCGACGUCCAACGACGAAGACGAGUACAGCUUCAACAACUCGGAGGCGCGCACGCCCACCGCCGCCGCCCCCCCGCAGAAGAUGCGGCUGCGCGUCAGCCGCGGGGCGCUCUCGCGGCGCUCGCGGCAGCCGAGCGAAGAGCCCAACCUGCAGAGCAGCCCGGCCAGCUUCGCCAACAGCAGCGCCGCCGGCACGCCGCAGGCCCCCGGCCAGAGCCUGUUUGCCGAGCUGGGAGACUUUGAGGGCAGCGACGACGAGUCGUUGCAGGCGACGCCCAGCCGCCGCAGCAUCCGCUCGUUCACGCGGGGGCGCACUGCGUCGCCGGCGCCCGAGCUCCCCGCCCUGCCCCGCGCCGUCAUGGUGGACAGCGGCACGAUGACGGAGCCCGUGGAGCUGCGGUCUCUCGAGGAGCGGCCCCUGUCGGCCGUCUCGUACGCGGCCGCGGGCACCAACCCCGCCGCGACCUCGUGGCUGGACGUCAUGAGCACGCGGGACGGCGAGCGCUCGCGGCCCCUGUCGAUGCUGUCGUACAGCGAUGCGGGCGCCCAGCACGACCCGGACAUGGAGGAGAAGCUCGCGCAGUUCCCGUCCCCGCCCAGCAGCAGGCUGGGCUUGGUGCGCACACCGAUCCUCCCGCCCCCGCAGACGCUGGGCAUGUCCAACAUCGCCUCGGAGCAUGUCGAGCCUCGUGCCCAGCCACCCCCGGCGCUGGGUCUCUCCCGGAUUCUCGGGGAGCACGUCGAGCCCGUAUCGGAGCCCGAAGCGCCGCCCCCGGCACCGCCUGCUCUGUCGCUGUCGACCAUCUCGGGGCAGCAUGUCGAGCCGAUGGCAGAGCCCGAGCCCCCGCUGCCCGCGCCUCCCCAGCUUGCCUUUGCGCCCAUCCACGCCGAGCACGUCGAGCCCCGGGCGGAGCCGGAAGCACCCGCGCCCGCGCCCGCCCUCUCGUUGUCGACCAUCCGGGGCGAGCACGUCGCGCCCGUGGCGGAGCCCGAGACGCCCAAGUCUGUCGCCCCGCUUGCUGCCGCUGCUGCUGCUGCUGCUGCUGCUGUCGCUGCUGUCGAGCCGGCUCUGUCGGUGUCGGCCAUCCACGCGCAGUCGCUGGAGCCAGUGGCCGAGCCCCCCGCCGAGGUGCCUGCGCCCCCGGCGCCCCCGGCACUGACAUUGGCCUCGAUUCGCGGGGAGCAUGUCGAGCCCCAAGCCGAGCCAGAACUUCCCAUGGCCCCUCCGGCCCCGCUGUCCUGGUCGACCAUCCGGGCUGAACACGUGGAGCCCCGGGCGGACGAGCCGCCGCGCCUGACGCAGUCGACGAUCUAUGCGCAGGAUGUCGAGCCCCAAGCCGAGCCCGCGCCUGACCACUCGCUCGAUUACUCGACGAUCCAGUGGGUUGGCACCGAGCCCGUCGAGCCCCGCAGCCCGCGCAGGAACGGCUUCAUCAUCCCCCGCGACGCCGACUCGCCGCAGGAGACGCGGCCCAAGACGCCCAGCCAUGCGGUGUUUGGCUCCCCGCUCGCCCGCGGCAAGGGCAAGACGCCGUCGACGCCCAUCAUCGCCGAGGACGAGACGCGCCAGUCGCCCAGCGACACGCCGCUGUCGGAGACGCCCGAGUCGCAGCGCCCCUUCAAGGAGAUCUCGACCAACUCGUUUGUCAAGCCGGCGCGCAAGCAGCCCGCGGCGACUGCGGACCAGGGCGCCCAGACCUCUCUGACGUCGGAGCAACUCGACGAGCUCCUCGUGGCUGGGGCGGCCAGGCCGGGCAAGGUGUCUGGCCACCAGCGGAUGGAGUCGCUGGGCUCGAGCAUGGGCACCCCGGGCGCGCACCGGCGCCGGGUGUCGCAGGACAGCUUCAGCAGCGUGAUCCGGCACAAGAUCAAGUCCGACGACGCGGGCAGCGAGCUGAGCGUCGAGGGGCUGGCGUUGCGCAGGCCGGGCAGCGCGUCGAGCGUCAAGACGGGGCCGGCCGGCGAGCUGCCCCCGCUGCCCCCGCUGCCGCCCAACCACCGGGAAGCGAUCGAGGCGGCGCGCACCGGAUCCGCGCAUGGCGCCCCCAGCUCGGCGCAUGGCCCCCCCGCCCCCGGCGCCAUGGGCCCGCCCCUGUUCCCCGCGUCGGCCUACAACAAGAACCCGUACCGCCCGCGGACGCCCAGCAUAUCGAAGCCCAUGUCGCCCGUGUCCGGGCGGGGCACGCCGACGCCGCGGGCCAACCGGGGCACCUCUGGGCACGGCACCACGGGCGGCGAGGUGCAGUCGCCGUCGCGCAACACGGCGCGCAGCCGGCGGUCGUCGGUGUCGUCGUUUGUGUCUGAGCUGGACAACCGGUUCGGGCUGCACGGGGCCGGUGGCAUGGACCCGGCGAGCUACUACGGCAGCAACACGGACCCGCGCAUGAUCCAGGCCAUCACGCAGACGAUGAUCGGGGAGACGCUGUGGAAGUACACGCGCAAGGCGGGGCGCGGGGAGAUGUCGGGGUACCGGCACCAGCGGUACUUUUGGAUCCACCCGUACACGCGGACGCUGUACUGGAGCGAGCGGGACCCGUUUACGAGCCCCGGGGAGAAGGCCAAGAGCGUGCCGAUCGAGGCGGUGCGGGUGGUGACGGACGACAACCCCAACCCGCCGGGCCUGCAUAGGAAGAGCCUGGUGGUGGUGUCGCGGGGGCGGGCGGUCAAGAUGACGUGCCACACGAGCCAGCGGCACGAGACGUGGUUCAACGCGCUGUCGUACCUGCUGCAGCGCACCGACGACGAGGGCCAGGCGGACGCGGAGGAGGUGGCGGGGGGGCUGACGCGCGAGGACGUGGACGAGUUCAACCCGCCGUACGGACGCCGCCCCGGCCUGGGCACGCGAGCCCCGGGCACCCGGCCAGCACCGCCGGCGUCGCUGUCGUCGUACAACUCGCGUACGACGCGCAACGAGUCGCCGGCGUUCGACAUGGGGUCGAUGCGGGUGCCGACGCUGACGCCGACGCACAAGAAGGCGGCGGGGGGCUCCUCGGAGCGGCCGCCGAUGGGGACGCUGGGGCGGCUCAGCGGGGUGUGGCGGUCGGGGGGCAACAAGAUGUCGGGGACGUUUGCCAGCCUGCGGGGGCGACGGGGGAGCACGCAGAACCAGAGUCAGGGCCAGAUCUACGAGGCGAGCGAGGCGUUUGACAGCGCCGAGGACCUGCGGCAGAUGUACGAGCAGCAGGACCGGGAGUCGGACCGGCUGGAGAAUGUGCGGGCGUGCUGCGACGCCCCCCUCCAGUCUAUUGCAUCCUGCUAUCGACGCCCCGCGAUCCCCCUCCUGCGUGCACCGACCUAUCCACGCCCGCCCAUCUCGCGUGUCGACGAUCCACGUCCGCGCGUCUUGUCCCGACUCCCGACGCCCGCCCAUCUUGCGCGCCCCGACUAUCCACGCGCCGACGAUCCACGCCCCGACUAUCCACGCCCAUCUAUCCUGCGUGCCCCGACUUCCACUGUCCUGCGUGCCCCGACCAUCACGCCCCCUCUCUCUCCCCCGGCCCAAACAAACGUCGAAACAAAAGCCCGCCCCCCGCGCGCGCAGACGGGGGACACACACGCAAAGAUGGCGACCGCAGGCCACGCAAAGUCCGACAAGGAGCUGUCGAUCAACAUCCAGAAGGCGACCAACGCCGAGGAGACGGCGCCCAAGCGCAAGCAUGUGCGCAGCUGCAUCGUCUACACGUGGGACAACAAGUCGUCGCUGGCCUUUUGGGCCGGCAUCAAAGUACAGCCGAUCCUCGCCGACGAGGUGCAGACCUACAAGGCCCUCAUCACCAUCCACAAGGUCCUGCAGGAGGGCCACCCCAUCUCCAUCAAGGAGGCCAUGGCCAACCGGGGGUGGAUCGACAGCCUGAACCGCGGCAUGGCCGGCGAGGGCGUGCGCGGGUACGGGCCCCUGAUCCGCGAGUACGUCUAUUUCCUGCUCGCCAAGCUGUCCUUCCACCAGCAGCACCCCGAGUUCAACGGCACCUUCGAGUACGAGGAGUACGUCUCCCUCAAGGUCAUCAACGACCCCAACGAGGGCUACGAGGCCAUCACCGACCUCAUGACGCUGCAGGACAAGAUCGACCAGUUCCAGAAGCUCGUCUUCUCGCACUUUCGGCACUCGGGCAACAACGAGUGCCGCAUCUCGUCGCUCGUGCCGCUCGUGCAGGAGAGCUACGGCAUCUACAAGUUUAUUACGAGCAUGCUGCGCGCCAUGCACUCGACGACCGGCGAUGACGAAGCCCUCGAGCCCCUCCGAGGCAGGUACGACGCCCAGCACUACCGCCUCGUCAAGUUCUACUACGAAUGCUCCAACCUCCGCUACCUGACCAGCCUCAUCACCAUCCCAAAACUCCCCCAAGACCCCCCCAACCUGCUCGCCGAGGACGAGUCCGCGCCCGCCCUGCCCGCACGCCCCAAGCAGGAGAUCGAGCGCGCCCCUUCGCCCGCCCGCGCCCCCAAGAACGAGGAGCCCGACGAGAUCUCCGAGUUCUGGAAGGGCGAACUCGACCGCCAGAACCGCGAGUACGAGGAGCAGCAGCGCGUGCUCGAGGAGCGCCAGCAGGCCCAGGCCCGCGCCCAGCAGGAGGCCGCCCUGCAGGCCCAGCGCGACUUUGAGGACCAGCAGCGCCGCCUCGCCGAGCAGCAGCGCCGCGAGCAGGACGCCCUCGCCGCCCAGCAGGCCCAGUGGCAGACCCAGGGCCGCCUGGCCGAGCUCGAGCGCGAGAACCUCAACGCCCGCGCCCAGUACGAGCGCGACCAGCUCAUGCUGCAGCAGUACGACCAGCGCGUCAAGGCCCUCGAGGCCGAGCUGGCCCAGCUGCAGGCCGGCUUCGGCCAGCAGGUCGCCAGCAAGGACGACCAGAUCCGCGCCCUCCAGGAGCAGGUCAACACCUGGCGCUCCAAGUACGAGAACCUGGCCAAGCUGUACUCGCAGCUGCGCCACGAGCACCUCGAUCUGCUACAAAAAUUCAAGGGCGUCCAGCUCAAGGCCGCGUCGGCCCAGGAGGCCGUCGACCGCCGCGACAAGCUCGAGCGCGAGAUCAAGACCAAGAACCUCGAGCUCGCCGACAUGAUCCGCGAGCGCGACCGCGCCCUGCACGACCGCGACCGCCUCACGGGCAGCAACAAGGACGAGGUCGACAAGCUGCGCCGCGAGCUGCGCGCCGCCCUCGACCGCGCCGACAACCUCGAGCGCAGCAAGGGCAACGAGCUCUCCACCAUGCUGGCCAAGUACAACCGCGAGAUGGCCGACCUCGAGGAGGCCCUGCGCGCCAAGUCGCGCGCCCUCGAGGACCACCAGGCCCGCCUGCGCGACGGCAGCGCCGACCUCGAGCAGCUGCUGCGCGACAAGGAGGAGGAGCUCGAGGUCUACAAGGCCGCCACCGACCAGACCCUGCUCGAGCUCAGCGAGCUCAAACAGAACCAGGGCGCCUCGGACUCGGCCCUCGACGGCCAGAUCGACGCCCUCGUCCUGGCGAGCCUCGCCAAGAUCAACGACAUCAUCGACUCGGUGCUGCAGUCGGGCGUCCAGCGCGUCGACGACGCCCUCUACGAGCUCGACUCGUCCAUGCAGGCCGGCAACCAGAACGCCUCGCCCGCCUACGUGCUGUCGCAGAUCGAAAAGGCCUCGAGCAGCGCCAUGGAGUUCGCCACCGCCUUCAACAACUUCAUCGCCGACGGGCCCAACGCCGCCCACGCCGACGUCAUCAAGGCCGUCAACGUGUGCUCGGGCGCCAUCGCCGACGUCUGCAGCAACACCAAGGGCCUCACGCGCCUCGCCACCGACGACAAGAAGACGGACGCCCUCGUCAACGGCGCCCGCCAGUCGGCCCAGUCGGCCCUCAAGCUCUUCCGCGGCCUGCAGAGCUUCCGCCUCGAGGGCAUGGACCCCAUCCAGCGCACCGACGUGGUCAUCAACGGCAACAACGACGUGCAGAUCAACCUGCAGAAGCUCAACAAGCUGGUCGAGGCGUUCGCUCCGGGCUUCGGCAAGCUGCUUGUCGGCGAGGGCGGCGACCUGGGCGACGUCGUGGACCGCGAGCUGAGCAAGGCGGCCGACGCCAUCGCCGCCGCGGCCGCGCGCCUGGCCAAGCUGCGCAGCAAGCCGCGCGACGGCUACUCGACGCACGAGCUGCGCGUGCACGACUCGAUCCUCGACGCCGCCACGGCCGUCACCGACGCCAUCGCGCAGCUCAUCCGCGCCGCCACGGCGACGCAGCAGGAGAUCGUGCAGGCCGGCCGGGGCACGUCGUCGCGCACGGCCUUUUACAAGAAGAACAACCGCUGGACCGAGGGGCUCGUGUCGGCGGCCAAGGCGGUGGCGGCGUCGACGGCGACGCUCAUCGAGACGGCCGACGGCGUGCUCUCGGGCCGGCACAGCCCCGAGCAGCUCAUCGUCGCGUCCAACGACGUGGCGGCCUCGACGGCGCAGCUCGUGGCCGCCAGCCGCGUCAAGGCGGGCUUCAUGAGCCGCAGCCAGGAGGCGCUCGAGCAGGCGAGCAAGGCGGUCGGCGCGGCGUGCCGGGCCCUCGUCCGGCAGGUGCAGGGGCUGAUCCGGGAGCGCAGGGGCGGGGCCGAAGAGGAGCGGGUGGAUUAUGCGACGCUCGGGGCGCACGAGUUCAAGGUGCGGGAGAUGGAGCAGCAGUUACACGUCAUGGUUUGGCUAACCCUCUUUCGUCUCCCUCUGCAGGUCGAGAUCCUUCAGCUCGAGAAUGCGCUGUCGGCGGCCCGGUCUAGGCUCGGAGAGAUGCGCAAGAUCUCGUACCGGGAGGAGUGA